AUGCUCACUCUUUCAUCUAUCACCCCGCGCGACUCCCACGAACUUUGGUUUGGAUCUUCCCAGCCAUAUCGCUCGACCUGUGAUGAACAAGGUGGCGAUAAUUCCGCUGCCAACCACCUCGCCCGACGCAAUGCCAGCGGUACGCUCAACAGUCAUCGCUCAUUCAUGCCAUCCCGCUCUUCUGCCAACACAAUCGCCACAUUAGCCGCAGAGGAACGAUCGCUACGUACUCGAAAAUUGAACAUUGCGUCGUUCGGAUACUCAUGGAUCAGACCAGCAGGAUGUGCGAAAACAAUGCUCGGCAUGAAAGAGGAGCAAGCAGAGCGUGAAGAGGCGCUACAAGCUGCUGCAGCUGAGAUGGAAGCUGCUGAGGGAGAGGGAAUUAUGGAUGAUGACACGGAGUUGCGGAGAGGAGAAGUAGAAGAGGACGAAGGCAUGGAACGCGAUUUGGAUGACGACAUUCCCGAUGCGGAGGAGGAGGCCUCAGGUCUUAUCGAGGAAGGCGAAGAAGGGCUUGAGGAAGAUGAUAUUGGCAACGAAGGAGAAUAUAUGGAGCGUGACUUGGAUGAUGACAUCCCUGAAGGGUUUCCUGAUGAUGACUAUGAGGGCUCAGCCCUGUAUGAUGACGAUGACGAUGAUGAAGAGGAUGACUUCAACAGCCAGCCUGAUCUGGAUGCGGAGAUACCUGCCGCCGACAGUGAUAAUAUGAGUGAAGGCAUGACGCGCGAUCUCGACGAUGAUAUUAUUGAUGCUGCAGAGCAAGCCUCGGAGCAAGAAGGGGAAUGGCAACACACAGACAGCGAGGAAGAGCUGAGUGACGAGGAAGACGAAAAUGAACACAGCAUCAUUCAAACUAGGUUUGCCGAGAAUUUCCGCACCAGCACGCCAAACAGCCGUGGUGGCUUGCCUCCACCCCCGACUCUGCCUCGCGAGCCCGAGACUGAAGCCCAGCGCCGUUUCCUUAAUCGAUGGAGUGGCGGUGGCGAUGCGUUUGAUACUAGCAGUAUGCUUUACAGCGACGAAGACCUGCGCGCAUCCAUAACCAGUCAGGGAAGUCGACGAAGCGGGUUUGCGAGAAGGUACCCGCGGCACAUCGGCGGGCCCAGGGAUAGUCUGAACUAG